AUGUCUCGCAUGAGCGAGCGACAAAACGAGAAUGUAGGGGUGGAAGGUACGAGUGAUGUCGGAUCUAACGACGUUCGGUCAGAGCUUCAUAAGGUAUUCGGCAACGCCGAGUCAGUGCAAUCGCUUCAUACCGCUGCAGGAGCCACUUCCGAGAUGUCAUCCAAUGAAGGCUGGCCUGUCACCAGUGACACUAGCGUGAUCUUCAGCAUUGUCACUGGCACAAUAACCACAAUCGCUACUGGUAUGACCGGCUACGCGACGGUGAAGCCAUUCACGGCAACUGCGAAAGCGGAACGAGCGAAGCAGGCACUAUUAGAUCUCGAAACCUUCGUGGCACGUAUCAAUCCCCUCGAACGAAUGACCAUUGAGGGAAAUGUUCCCGGCUUCAUGCACACCAUGGAGGCAUUUGCAGGUGCUGCUGGUUUGCACACACAAUGGGUGUCUUCGUGGCUCGGAAACCAAUUGAAGGCAGACCUUGAAACCGCGAAUGUCGAGGUCUACCGCAAGCGCGUCGAUCUCCUAGUGAGCACUCGCAAGUCAUCUUCUUCACAGCUUGAGCUUACAUAUCAUCUACAUUUGCCAACCUACUUUCUGGAAGCUCAAAUGUAUCCCCUGAUGGAGUCGACGGGCCCUUCUCCUAAAGGUGAAUGUCAGCACAAGAUCUCGGGUUCUUGCGAUACUGGUGCAGGACAUAGCACAGCGGAUCCAGCGGAGGCCGACAUGGCAGAGAGACUUGCAGAAUUCAAUAAAUGA